ACCAGUACCAACACCAUGUCCAAUACCAGUACCAACAUCAUGUCCUCUAAUUCCAGUACCAACACCAUGUCCACUAAGACCAGUACCAAUUCCAUGUCCAAUGCUGGAACCGAUGCCAAUUCCUAUACCAUGUCCACCAAUACCAGAACCAACACCGUGUCCACCAAUACCAGAACCAACACCAUGUCCAAUACUGGAACCAAUACCAGUACCAGCAGCAUGUCCACCAAUACCAGUACCAACACCAUGUCCAAUACCAGUACCAACACCAUGUCCACUAAUAGCAUGACCUCCGACAAGACCGUGUCCUCCGACGAGACCAUGUCCUCCGACAAGACCGUGUCCGGCAACUCCUCCGACAAUACCGUGUCCUCCGACAAGACCAUGUCCGGCAACUCCUCCGACGAGACCAUGUCCUCCGACAAGACCAUGUCCUCCGACAAGACCACCAUGUCCUCCGACAAGACCGUGUCCUCCGACGAGACCAUGUCCUCCGACAAGACCGUGUCCGGCAACUCCUCCAAAACCGUGUCCUCCGACAAGACCGUGUCCUCCGACGAGACCAUGUCCUCCGACAAGACCGUGUCCGGCAACUCCUCCAAAACCGUGUCCUCCGACGAGACCAUGUCCUCCGACAAGACCGUGGCCGGCAACUCCUCCGACAAGACCGUGUCCUCCAGCGAGGCCGUGUCCGGCAACUCCUCCAAAACCGUGUCCUCCGACAAGACCGUGUCCAGCAACUCCUCCUCUAACUCCGUUAAGACCAUAUCCGUAUCCAAGGCCUUGUCUUCCGAAACCGAAACCAUGUCCAACACCAACAAUGCCUUGUCCUCCGACAAGACCGUGUCCGGCAACUCCAUUGAGACCAUGGCCAUAAGCUCCGACGAUUCCGUGACCUAAACCAAAACCAGCAACAAGUCCGUGUCCACCAACAAGACCACGACCAGCAAUACCAUGUCCGGCGAUUCCACGACCGAAACCAGCAACUCCGUGACCGAGUCCAAGACCAGCAACAGCAUGUCCGGUACCAAUGAUACCAUGACCGACUCCGGCUCCGAAAAAUCCUUUUCCGAAACCUAAUCCUGCAAAUCCACGUCCGAAACCAUUGUUAUAACCAUAACCGUAGCCAUUACCAUUUCUGAGUCCAGCACCAGCAAUAUUGUAUUGGGCGGCAGCUGUGGCGAUACAGACAGCGAUAACGAGGAGAGCCUG